CAUCUCUACCAAUUCUCCUCAAAAGCUCUCUUUCAUCAAUUUUCUCUCCUUCUUAAGUGAAGGAAUAAAAAUCCACAAACCAAAAAGAAGUCUGCACCUGAAAUAUACUACUAUAUACAGAGAGAUGGAUCAAAAUGUACCAGUAAUGGCAAAAAAGUUCUGGAAAAUAGUCCGAGUGGCUUUUUUCAUGCUGAGGAAAGGGUUAUCAAAGAGGAAACUAAUGUUUGAUCUCAACUUAUUAAUGAAGCGUGGCAAAAUUGCAGGUAAAGCCGCCAUUCAAAACCUCAUGUUCCACCAUGAUAAUAAUACCUAUGGCCACCAAUGUCCUUCCUCCACCUCAUCUUCCAAAGACUACUACGAAUUCAGCUGCAGUAACAGCCCUGCUUUUCACCUCCCCUUCAACCUCAACAAACGCAAUAAGCAUAAUCAUCACCAUGCACCUGCCACUGACGACGACGUUUUAAUGGUUAAUGCUGCUGUGUUGAAGGCCUUGGAGAUGAUUCAGAGUGAAACGGCGUCACCUGCUUUGCCUGGAUUUGGGAGAACUCCUACGGUGAGGCAAUUAAGGGUUACUGAUUCGCCGUUUCCUCUUAGAGAUGUUGAGGGUAACAGUCACGUAGAUGAGAAAGCUGAUGAAUUCAUUUCAAGAUUCUACAGAGAUUUGAGACGAGAAGCUUCUGCUUUUGCUUAAUGUUUUUUAUUUUUUAAAAUUUUUUAAAAUGUUCAUGCAUGUAAUUGAGUCCACUCCUGCGCAAUAAACAAGAAGAACGUUGUAUCUUACACAGUUUCUCAGCGUUAAUAAUGGGUGGAGUAAUGGAAAAUUUGUCGCUUC